GUAUACCAGUAGCAUCCGCAUAUCGCCUUGUACGCAUAAUCAUAGGCUAGGCCGUUGGAGUAAACUCUGAUGGACAAGAAGUGGACUCCCUGAGAAUCAGGUUCGUUCAUCCAGAAUAUAAUACAGGAGCUUUUAUUAAAAAAUGCCUGGUACAGAGGGUGAGGUUGUGAUGGUGACCGGAGCAUCAGGUUUCCUGGGUCAGCACAUCCUCAAACAGCUGUUAGAACAAGGAGAGUUUCUCAUCAAGGAGGUCAGGACCUUUGACCUACAACCUUUCACCUGGUGUCCCGAACUAGAAGUCCACAACCCCACUACUCAGCUCUCGCACAUUAAGGGUGACCUGCUGUGCAUGGAGGAGGUGCGGAGGGCCUUCAAGGGUGUCACUGUUGUUAUACAUACUGCUGGUGUGAUUGAUGUGUCUCCAGUGCCAGACGCAGAGCUUCUCCGAUCCGUCAACAUUCAAGGUUCUGAGAAUGUACUUCAGGCCUGCAUUCACCACAACAUACAGUAUUUAGUAUACACCAGCACAGUUGAUGUGGUUAUCGGCCAGGAGCCUAUAACAGCAGGUACAGAGACUAUCCUAGGCAUUCCUCAGCAUCAUCACUUUGGCCUCUAUGCAACCACCAAGUAUGAAGCAGAAAAGAUCGUCCUCAAGGCAAGUAAUCUCAUCCUGAAGAAUGGGAAGCGCCUGCAGACGUGCGCGCUUCGCCCAACACCGGUGUACGGCGAGGGCGACACGUACAACCGUGAUGUCCUGCGACAAGCGUGCCACUACAAGAUGAUGGUUCGCAUGGGGAGCGAAUCCUCGCGUUACCAGUGCACCUACGCAGGAAACAUUGCUUGGGGACAUGUCCUAGCCGUUAAGGAACUCUUGAAACCCACGACCAAUGAAUCACCUGCAGGACAGGCCUUCUUCCUCACCGACGAAACCCCGGUGUCAAAAGUCAGCGACUUCUUCACACCGUUCGUCAUCGGCGUCGACGCCAAGAUGUCCAGCUUUUCUCUUCCAUUUUGGUUGCUCUACUCCAUUGCUGUCGUGAUAGAGAUAUGUGCCUGGCUUCUCCAGCCAAUCUACAAGGUCAAGUUCUUCUUGACCACUGCUACUGUGACCUAUGCCUACGGAGUGUAUUAUUUUCAGUGCGAAGGAGCGGAGAGAUGCCUUGGAUAUGAGCCUCUCUACACCUAUGAUGAUGCUGUUGAGAGGAGUCUGGUUUACUACAGAAGGGAGUGUGGCUUAUCCUGACCAACAGUAUCAAAUGAUACUUUUCCACUCUAAUAAAUGCAAUGUAUAUAAUACUAUAGAUAUUAUAAUGAACCUUUUAUUCCACUUCCACAGCAAUAAUUUGCCUAAAUGUAUAUAUUGUCCAAAAGGACAUCAACGCUAUGACAAAAACAUACCAGCAACCGGUAUGUGACAGAUGAUAUGAGCACCCUCCUGGCUUUCAGCAAAUGAUAUGAAGUAAUAAUUGUGUUCAGUUGCUCAGGAAAUUGUCUUUUUUAUAAUUACAGGUACUAUUUGUUUAUGUUAGAAAAAUAGAAAGUCACUCACAAAUACUCAAAUCAGGCAUGAAAUAUUAUAUGUUGACCAAGAAAAGGAAAAUUAUCUGAUGUGCAAUACAACUUGAUUCCCCCCCCCCCUUUGCUUUACUGUAUCGAAAGAGAAUAUGAUUAAUUUGUGUAAUUGUAUUUGCAUAACAAAAUUAUCUUUGUUGAUAGAAGAUAUGAAGUCAAUAUUGUGGAGCAAGUGGCCUUUAUACAUAUUUUCAAUUAAAAGGUCAUUGUAUUUCAUAUACUUUUGAAUUAAUAUAUUAUCCCUCAGUACAAGAAGAAAAAUUGUCAAACAACACUAUAUUCUACUGUGUAAAAGAAAAGUCAUUUAUGACAAAUAAGUGGUCUACUUCUAUAGUAUUUUAUUCAACCUCCAAGUGUUUAUCCUAUAUAAGCUUAUUUUGAAUCACAGUUCUAGUAGAUAUUUCUUAUCAAUUUUUUAUGAAUAUACUACUUUACUUGUACAUAUAGGUAAGGCUGUCAUUGCUAAAGCCUGUUGCAUAAAAUGCUUCAAUCAAAUGAGAGUUACAACUUGCGAUGAAAAAUAGAUUAUUCAGCAUUUAUUUUUAGGGGGCCAAAGAUCAUGUUUCUAUUGUUAUUACUAUUUUUCAACAUAGAACUAUGGCUCAUGUCAAGUUCGAGUUGUAAUUUCGUAAUGUAUUGUCAUGCAUAACAUGCUGAAAUCCAAGUCAAGGCAAGUGAAAUAUACUUUAUGCAUCAAUGUGGGAAAUAUAUAUGAAUUUAGCUUUAUUGACAAUCAGACAUGCGGUGACUCCAUGCUUACGCAUCAUUCACAUAUGAUGCGCUAAACUGUUGGAGCAAAGCUAGAACGUACUUUGCACUUCUGAAAUUAUGCAAGCUUGUACUAAACAAAAGGACAGUUCAAACCAGCAAAGGCCACUACACAGUCGCUUAUCUGUUUGGUAUCAGAUACAGAAAUUUUAAGUGCACUAUUAUUUUGUCGAGGCAGUCAUGUGAAUGAGGUACCGAUAUGUUUAUCCAUCUAUUACACAGUACUUCUGUUCCUUUCAUUAUCUUUGCAUGAUGUGAUACAUCAAGCCAAUGCCCUACAGAGUACAAAGAGUUCAUUUUCAGCUCAAUGUGUAGCCUGUAUAUAUAAACCUAUGCUAAAUGCAGUACUUACUUCUACAUUUAUAUUUUCUUUUUUUAUCAUGUUAUAACCAUGCAGUGGCCUUUCUUUGUGUGAACUUAAUGAAUAUUAACAGAAUGACAAUCUUGCCAUGCAAAUAUGAAAUACCGGUAGAUUAUUACAGGGUAAAGGUUGAAAGGUACAAUGAUAUAAGAACUUGAUUUGAAAGGGUAUGUCAGUUGGAUGUCCAGCUCACACCCUGGACCAACACCACGAGGGGUGGGGGGGGGGGGAGUGGUGGGGUAGACAUCCAGGACUAGGGAUCAGGUGUCCAAUAACCAUUAUAUGAGCCUUAUGGUCUGUCUUAAAGACUCCUGCUUUCAUGGGAGUUAUGAAAAGAGAAUUUGUAAAUUUGAAUGCCUUAAGUAAAUCGUGCAAUUGAAUGUUUUUAAACAGAAAUAUGGCUUUUGUUCAGCAUCAGUCAUUUUUGAAAAGUAAUAGGUUGUCAUUUGUACAGACUAAAGACUUUCAGAAGAAGUCCUUUGUGCAUUAACCUUGCUGACAUUUUUUUUCAAGCACUGAAGUCAAUAAGGAUGAUAGCAUUCAUCAUUUAUGUGGUUUUAAAGAUAUGAAAUAUGCUCAUGUAGUCCAAGCCUGAGUGGAGUAACUAAGUUUUUUUGGACCAGUAAAAAGUACUAGUUGUGGUGAGAUGAAUAAACCCGAUGACACACCUCGCUACAAUACACAAAAAUGUACUGAAUGUGUAACUACAGGGAACUACCAAAGUACAUGUUUUGAUGAAAUUACAUAUCACAGUGGCUUGUCUAUAAUUAUGAGAAGGGGGAACAAAUUGACAAAAGAGUCAAGCCUGCAAAUCAUGUGAAUGGCUAAUUUUGUGUAAUCAUAAAGGACUAUCUGGAAAGGUUUCAUACAUUACUUCUUAGGGGUACUGGUAUCAUGAAAGUGUAUAACAAAAUACCAUCACUGUGACCAGUAUUUUCAUCAAACACUAUGACUAGCUGAAAAUUGAAAGUAGCCGACACUCUCUAUUGCAAAUGGCAUUCUCUUGUAUUUCUACUGUACAUUACAUCCUUUCAGUGUGAUGUAAUUUUAUGCAUGGAAUGCAGGUUGAUUAGUUGAUGAUGUAAUUCAUUAGUUACCAGAAAAAAUAUAUAAAUACACAUUCCAUUCAUGUUCCUUGCAUUAAAUGAUUCUUCUGGACGUACUUAACUUAAACCCAGUUACGUAGUUGAUGACAAUGCAGUUUGAUGUAAUAAAUGAUCACUAUCAGGGUAUGAAACAAUGAAAUAUAUUAUUAAAUUGUAUUGAAAUGAAGGAA